GAGUUACCGCAGGGGGGAGGUAGAGGCUAGUUGUGCCUCUACAUUAAGUGCCAAGGUGUACAGUAGGGUCUAGGGUUAGAGAAUGUGUAUUGGUGCAGGGUCCAUGUCAGUAAAUGUUGUAUAUUCAGACCUCUGGUGAGAACAUGUCCUAUAGCUGUCAUUCACAGAAUAAUUUCAACCUGGACGAUGACCACCACGCAGUCAUCCAACAAUAUAGAAAUCAGAAUAGUGGGGCUUACUUAUUUCAACCUGUUCAGAACACAGAUUACCAGAAGAGAGAAACAAUAGGCUGUCACACAGUCCUGGACAAAGAGAGGAGGCAUAUUGUGCGCUUUUACAGUAGAGCUGCAUUGAGCAGGUGAUACUGGAACUAUCCUGAGGGGUGUACUGUAGGUGUGGUGGAUAGAUUAUGCUUUACAUAGAGAGAGACGGAGAGCACCGAGCUAGUCUGUUCCAGACUGGCAAAAACCCUAGAGAUGCAGAGAGAGAGAGGGGUGGUGGGGUGCAGAACACACCCAGAGCCAGUGAACAGAAUGUUUCACAACCAGGGGUGACUGGUGUGUCUGUGUUCCAGAGUGUAGAAGAAUAGAAUAGAGAAAGAUCAGGAGCUGAGAGAACACCCCCUGGUGUUGGUAGUGUUGAUGUCACUAUAGGAGGAGCUCUCUGUCCACUCACACCCAGUCCAACCCUGGUCUUCUCUUCCUUUCCUCCUCUACUCCUCUGGGAUUGACCUGACCCCUAUUUCUCUCAUCUCCCAUUUCUAUAAUUUCUUCCUCUUGUCCUCCGUGUGGAACAGAGCCAUGCACCCCCAGCGUCCUCUUCCCCAGGCCAUGCCCUCCUCCCUCGGGCAGAACCUGCGUGACAUGGCCAUGGGCCUAGGCAGAGGGAAGAACUUCCUUGGUGGUAACAUUGCCUACGGCUUCAUCCAGUCCCUCAAGGAGUGCCUCUACUUUGUACUCUGCUGCUGGUGCAUCAAGGAGAUACUGGACUGACUGACUGAGACACUACGAGAGGGAGUGAGGGGCAGGUUCUCUUUCCUGCGUGUCUCUCUGGACGUGUUUCUCUCUUCCUCCUUUUCACUCUUUCUCCUCCGUUUUUCUCUCACCAGCUAAGAUGUUAAACACAGCGUGUGAAGCGGUUGCCCAUGAUGCAGUUCUGUAUUCCUGUCUGGAGACUUGAGAAACUGAUGUGCUGCCUGGUGUAUCAGAGGAUCUCUGUUAUUCUCUGAUCCUGAGUCAGUCGGUCUGGAGACCUGCAGUGUGUGUGUGAAGUAUCGUCUUAACACCAAUCAGCUGAUCCUAGACCUGUGGAGAAACCAAACCUGUGAGGCAAUGGACAUGGCUUUUGAUGCUGCUUAGGUCACAUUUAAUUCCAAGUUUUAUUAAUUUCUGUACAGUCUUAAUAUGCAAGGAAUAAAAAUGAAUGUAAUAUCUGA